UUCGGCUGCCUUCAAAACUCUCCUAAAGCAAGUUCAACGAUCGCGUUUGUAAAAUGUUUGUGUAAAUAUCACAGCUGAUGGCUGCCGAUCCCUUCUUCUUCACCUCUCUCGAAUCUCGCUCCAUGAGUCGUUUCCCCUGCUGUAAUCAAACAUCACUCUUCUGGCGCUUCCGCUUCCCUCCGUUACACUGCCACACGCUUCGACUCUCUCCGACCAAACCUAAGCUCAAUCACCACUUCGUUGUUUCCAAGUGCUCCAGUUCGGAUUCCGUUUCUGCUGACGUGGAUAUCCUUUCCUCAACCGAGUGUUCUGAUGGCAGCGUAAUCUUCCGGUUUGGAGACGCAAGUGAGAUGGCAAUAAUCGAAGAUCAAACUCAAAUGACCGAUGAAAGUGCUAAGGUCGUUGCCGAAGUUGGUCGUGAAAAUUUGGACAAGGAAGAUGAGAGCAGUUUUAAAGCGGUUGUUGUUUCUGAUGGCGAUGCUGAAGCAGUAGAACAUGUAAAGAAGAAAGUUGGCCGUAAUUUGCAAGUUAAAUCUUCACUUAAGAGAAAACAAAGACGAAAUGCAACCAAAGCAACUGAAGUUAAAGAGAGAGCUGCUUCUGUGGACAGUGAUGACAGAGAGAGUGAAGAAAAAUCAGUUGAUUCUUCUAACCAUAUAAAUCUUAAAGAGGGAUCUGAUGAGGUAGAUGAUGUUGUUAAAAUAGAAACUAAUGAUGUGCCCGGGGGAAAUGGUCAGGGCACUUGUAAAAAUGAGGGUUCAAGUAAUUUGAAUGUGGUAUUAGAUCAGGAUUUAGUUCAUCAUGUAGAAAAUGUUUCUCCUCCAUUGGCAGCUUCUGCUGUUGAAAGUACAAUUACUAGUCAAUUAGAUUCCCCGGAGUUGGAUUCCGAAGUUGAAGUGCCCCAUGGUGUUACUGUUAACUUCCAAGAAGAAAAUAAGGGUAGUUCUGCGGGAAGUGACGAGAUUGAUGGUAAAACUGAGGAAAGUGCUUUGAAUAUGGUAUCAAAUAUUGGUUUCGUUCCUGAUAUAAAGAAGGUUUCUCCUCCACUGGAAUCUUCUGCUACUGAAACAGAAAUUAUAACUGAACUAGAUUCCUUAGAGUCUAGUUCCAAAAGCAAAGCUCCCCACGGUGUUAAGCUGGAGGAGGAAGAAAAUACUGAUGCUGAGGAAAAUGGGGAGAGAAUUGGUAAAACUGAGAGUACCACUCCAAAUAUGGAGUCUAAGAUAAAUUUAGUCCCUGAUGUAGGACAGGCUUCUCCUCCAUUGGCAGCUCCUGCAAUUGAAAGUGAAAUUAGGACUGAAUUAGCUUCUCCAGAGUCUAGUUCCAAAAGCGAAGUUUCCCACAGUGUUAAGUUGGAGGAGGAAGGAAAAACCAGUGCCGAGGAAAACGGAGAGAUAAUUGGUAAAAUUGAGGGUACCACUUCAAAUACGGAAGGGUCUAAGAUAGAUUUAGUUCCUGAUAUAGAAAAGGUUUCCCCUCCAUUGGCAGCUCCUGCUAUUGAAAGAGAAAUUAGAACUGAUUUAGCUGCUUCAGAGUCUAGUUCCAAAAGCGAAGUUCCUCACAGUGUUAAGCUGGAGGAGGAGGAAGAAAAUAGUGGCGCUGAGGAAAAAGGUGAGAGAAUUGGUAAGAUUGAGGUUGCUACUUUGAAUACAGAACCAAAUAUGGAUUUAGCCGUGGAAGAGGUUUCUGCUCAAUUGACAGCUUCUGAAACUAGUAUUGAAAGUGAAAUUGCAAUUCAAUCUACUCCUUUACCCGAGGUGGAUUCAGUUUUCAAAGAGGCUACAGUCCAUAAAACAGUGAAUAAAUCUGUUGAUAGUGACAUAAUCAAGAGCUCAAAAACGUCAGAUGAGGCCAUGCCUUUCUCAUUUCCCAAAGAAGAGACAACUGAGGCUGAUGCACUAAGUGAUAACAAAGUCAGAGUGACAAUGCUUAAAGGUGUAGAAUUACAGUCAAGUGGACCAACUUUGGAAAGGGAGGAAAUGCCAACAGCAGGAUUUUUCUUAUAUUCCGGUGCUGCUCUAUUGCCAAAUCCAACUAAGGCCUUCGCAGGUGGAGAGGAUGCUUAUUUUAUCGCCCGCCAGAACUGGCUAGGUGUUGCUGAUGGAGUUGGUCAGUGGUCACUUGAAGGGAUUAGUGUUGGAGUAUUUGCAAAAGAACUUAUGGAAAACUGUGAAAGAAUUGUGUGUGAUAGAAAUGGAGUUCCGAAUCAAAUAACUGACCCAGUUGAGGUCCUUAAUAGAGCUGCUGUGAAUACUCAAACUCGUGGUUCAUCUACUGUUUUGGUUGCUUACUUUGAUGAUAGAGCUCUCCAUGUGGCCAAUAUUGGCGAUUCAGGCUUCAUGAUCGUAAGAAAUGGUGCUGUAUUUAAAAGGUCUUCCCCAAUGCUUUAUGAAUUGAAUUUUCCUGUACAAAUCGAAAGAGGAGAUUAUCCCUCUGACUUUGUGGAGGUUUACAAAAUUGACUUGGAUGAAGAUGAUGUUAUUAUCACUGCAACUGAUGGACUUUUUGACAAUCUCUAUGAGAAAGAUAUAGCUUCAAUUGUCUUCAAAUCAUUGAAAGAGAAUCUGAGGCCCCAGGAAAUAGCAGAACUCUUGGCAACUAGAGCGCAAGAGGUUGGACGGUUAUCAUUGGUUAGGAGUCCAAUAUCAGAUGAAGUGCAGGCAGCUGGGUAUGUGGGAUAUAGGGGUGGAAAGCUUGAUGAUGUGACUGUUAUUGUGUCGUCGGUGAAAAGGCGAUUCAGUAAUCAUGUACAGUAAGUUUGUUCUCUUCGCCUUAGUUUUAACAUUUAUCAGUGUCAUGAGGAAAUGCUCAUAUUUGUAACAGAAUCAUCUCUGGUCUCUUCAUAGCUUCACAUAUGAUAUCUGGCUGUGGAAGGCCAGUGGGGAUCCAGUAGCUCAAAUUCGACCAACAACUAGGAAACUAAUUAGAUAA